CAUACCUCUGCUAAGUUUAAGUAUUGCAUUUCUAAACCUAUCAGCGAGCUACCAUUACCAGCGUAAGUGACCAUGUUGUCUAAAUCGACCAAAUUGAUCCCUACGACUGUACGAUUACCUUCUCGACAAUCUCCGAUCACCACUUCUGUCACGAAUUACCUCACGAGAAGAAACCUAUCUUCUGGUUUCAAUUAUGGGAAUCACGCAGACUCUGAGACCAGUAGCAGUAGAAGUAGCUUUAAUGGCCGCAACUGCGCUCGUCCUUCAACAGUGACAUGGUCUUCGCGCCUUCAUAAUUCUGCCCGUUUUAUUGGAACUGUUGAAUACCCUCUUAAGCAAUAUAACACUCGCAAUGGCAGACUUGGAGUUUAUACUUUCCUUCGUGUUAAAACUUCUCCUUAUUCAAACUCCUCUUUUAGGAUAUUAUUUGAGAUGUGGGGUGAGUUGGCUGAGCGAGUUUUUCCGCAUCUUAAACCAGAUGAUUUCAUUUACAUUUCUGGUGAAUUGGGAUCCUAUACAAAAGAUAUUGAAGGAGUACAAAAGCUGAUGUAUAAGGUUACAGCAAGGGAAUUAAAUUAUGUCAAACUAGACGAACCUGGAGAAUAUGUCGUAAACUCAGGAAAAAAUACGGGUGGACACUUCGACAAAUCUCACCCGCAAAGUUAUAAAAACCGACUUCAUUUGUGGCAAUUGUUGUUUGCUAGUCCAGACGAAUGGCAUGACCAGCGGAGAAGUAAAACGAAUCCUAAGCAACCAGAUUUCAAACAUAAGAGCACUGGUGAAGCACUUUGGCUCUCUGCAAGUGAUCCACCAUGGGUUAAAAAGCAAGUUGAGUUACUCUACUUCUCCGGACCUAAUAAUGAUCCGAUGUCUAGAUUCUCGCUAUCUGGAUGCUUGUAAACACUGUAAUCCCGAUUUCUACUACAAGUACCGUGAAUUUGAGAGAAAUCGCAAAAUUUUUAGUUAAGAAGAGUAGUGAUGGUGUUCUAUCUAGAAAGGAAGGACAUGAAAUUAACUGGAGGAUAGGAACAUAUCAAUUAUUAUCGUGGUAAGUUGUAAAGUGUGAUUACUUUAUAAAAAUUGUUGAAUCGAAUAUCAAUAUAUACCUUGUUUUUCAUGUGGAA